CUCAAUCUCCAAGAACGAGGGAAAGAAACGAGUACCGAAGAUAACGAGAGCCAUGGAAGUGGCGCGAUUUGAAGAGAAUGGAUUUGAGGAAACCACCCACAUUGCGGAAUCAGUUUCAUGGGAUGAUCUGGAGAGAUACGCUGCUAGUAAAGCCGGUGGUUCUUCUGAAAGACACCACUCCUGGAGAUCUCACCAGCACGACUCUUCUAGAAAAGAUGACGAAUCACCUGGAGACUUGUACGAACUGUGGAGGCAAGAACAGAAUAUCAUAGCUGCGAGACUAGACAAGGAGCUUAAAUCCAGGUGGGAGCUUGAUGAACUGAUUGAAGAGCAGCUGAGCAGAUACCAGUCGCAUUACUUCAAGUCCAUGGUCUCAACGUCCUUGAAGGAUGUCUCUAACCUUCUCAUGCCUACGUGGAUACCGCCUCAUGAGCUGGCUGCUGUGUCCUGGCUUGGAGACUGGCGUCCCACUUCCAUUCUUGACCUUGUUCGUAUACUGGCCGCUCAAAGCCCCAACUUCUCUCUCUCUGAGGCGAGUGAACGUGUGCUCUCUCAGCUUACCCGUGAGAUACGUAUUGAGGAGGCUGUGAUCGAUGAGGAGUAUGCGGAAAUUCAGGCCACGUGUGUUCUCCACCUCCCCUUUUCACCGCUCUGCAAUGCUCAGUCGCGUGAAGAAGCUCUAGGUUCCGUGCAGGAGCUGUUUGGAAACAUCAAUAAAGUCAUCUCAAAGGCACAACGACUCAGGUAUAAAGUGUUGGAACUGGUGAUGAAGAAGCUUCUGAAUCAAACAGAUACAGCCGAGUUUGUGGUCGCAUUUGCAGGGAUUCAAGACGCCAUCCACCAGUUCGGAGAGCAGAAGAAGCUAAAAAAGCAGUACCCGACAGUUUCUUUUAAGGGAUCAGGAUCGUCUAGUUGAGAGCUGCGUAGGAAAACGUUUGAGAGCAAAACUAAAAUUUGCCAGCUGCUGAUUACAUUCUUGGACAUUCUGUCUUCUUCUCAACUCAUGUAGUCCAUUUACAACAUUAUGAAACCGGAAACAACUAACAGUUUCGCUGACCAUGUCAUAGUCAUUGGUAUUAAGUACUUAACUAGUAAAAGCAUAAACAAAGUUAAAAUCUGUUCUUGUA